UGUGAGGCAUUAGAACACUGAACACCGAGUGGAACACACACUCAUACACACUCUAACACACCGGUGUGGAGUAUCAGCGCCCGGAACGGGACGGACACAGGGGGAGAUCUGCACCUGUCCUACACACACACACACACACUCCUCAGAGACACACAUACAGAGGAUUUGACCGGACGUCCCUAUGUGUGGAUGGGACCAAAGUUAUACGGCGACCUCUCAUAGCUCGGCCAUGUUGACCAGUGAGGGGGCGCACACCAUGGAGCAGGACGACACGCACCACGGAGCCAAGAUGGCUUCCACCGCCACCACCACCACCAGCUCCAGCUCCGACGGAGCGCAGACGCUGGCAGACUCGGACGUGGACAUGGAGAUGGAGAUGGAGAUGGAGGACGCGGACAUGACCCAAUGGACGGAGCCAGAGUUCGAGGAGAAGUGCACGUACAUUGUCAAAGACACGCUGUGGGAGGCGGGCCAAGGCGGCGACGCCAUGACGCCACCGACGACGACCAGAGCUGAGGCGUCACUGCCCCGAAACCUGGUCUUCAAACACCCUGCUGACAGCAAGGAGGUGGUUGGCGUGUGCAGCAGGGAGUACAUCCCCAAAGGAACUCGCUUCGGUCCCCUGGUGGGCGAGAUCUACACAGCCGACAGCGUCCCCAAAGACGCCAACCGCAAGUACUUCUGGAGGAUCUACGAGGACAGGGAGUUCCACCACUUCGUCGACGGCCUGGAUGAGACGCGCUCUAACUGGAUGCGCUACGUCAACCCGGCCCACUCGGCCGCGGAGCAGAACAUAGCGGCAUGUCAGAACGGCAUGGAGAUUUACUUCUACACGGUGAAGCCCAUCCCGGCUGGCGCUGAGCUGCUCGUGUGGUACUGCCACGACUUUGCCCGACGUCUCCACUACCCGCCAUCCGGAGAGCUGAUGAUGCAGAAACUCAAACAGUCUCUCUUGGAGGUCAAGCAGCAGCAGGUGAGCAGUGAGGAGCGUUUGGUCGAAGCCUGCAGCCCGUCCCCGGUCGCAGUCACCCCUACGCCGCCCAAGAGGGAACACAGUGUCCUCUCCAUUCUGCGUGGCACCAACAGCACCUCCUCCUCCUCCUCCUCCUCCUCGCCCAUAAAGAGGGAGCCCAGCCGGCCGCUUCCCACUCGCCCGCGCUGCGCAGACAGCCCCGAGCGCCUCCUGUACCCUCGCGCGCUCUACCCAGCUCUCAGGCCCCACCCUCACAUCACUGAAGACUUCCUCGGCCACAAAUCCGCCCAGCUUGGUUACCCAGCGACACGUUCCCCUGGCAACCAGUCUUCAGCCACGCCCAGCCCGUCGGCAAGGAGCAGCCCCGACAGCAGCCCCCAGGGGAGCCCCUUGGGUCCGGCACCAUCGUCAGCUUCUUUCUACCCGGCCGGGCUGGGUUCUUACCCCGGUUACUCCCCGCCAUCUACCCCCCUCCCCUCGUCCUUCUACCCUCCAGGAGCCCCCUACUCACGCUACAUCCUCCCCCAUCACUACCCUCUGCCCGGAGGCGGCGUCCCCACCGUCGGAGGGAUCUUUCCAAGGAUGUACCCUCUCUACAGCAGCCUCCUGCCCCCUCACGUGCCCCUCCUGCCUUCCGACACAGCAGGGAGGCGCUUCCUGAUGUCUGACCACGUCCACCCCUCCCCCAUCUCUGCCCACAGAGACUUCCUCCUCCCAAGGCCUACCAGUGCCUUCUCAGCCGCCACCUCUCUGAAGGACAAAGCAGGGCCUCACCACCCUUACAUGGGGCACCCUCACCCACACAGACCCACCCACGCUCCCCCCAGCAGCUCCCCAACAGCAGGCACAGCACCUCUCAGCGAGCGGGCGCCCACCAAGCCUACAUCAGCCCUGCUGGGCAACGCCGGCGAGCAUUGCUCUGAUGAGGAGGCCGUCAACCUGACCAAGGUGAAGCGCGGCCCGGGCUCAGCGGGCUACAAGGCGCUGCCGUACCCGCUGAAGAAGCAGAACGGCAAAAUCAAGUACGAGUGCAACGUGUGCAGCAAGACCUUCGGACAGCUGUCGAACCUGAAGGUUCAUCUUCGUGUUCACAGCGGAGAGAGACCCUUCAAAUGUCAGACCUGUAACAAAGGCUUCACCCAGCUGGCUCACCUGCAAAAACACUUCCUGGUCCACACCGGGGAGAAGCCACACGAAUGUCCGGUUUGUCACAAGCGCUUCAGCAGCACCAGCAACCUGAAAACUCACCUGCGCCUCCACUCGGGGGAAAAGCCCUACCAGUGCAAACUCUGCCCGGCCAAGUUCACGCAGUUCGUCCACCUCAAGCUGCACAAGCGCCUGCACUCGCGCGAGCGUCCGCACAAAUGCUCCCACUGCCACCGCCACUACAUCCACGUGUGCAGCCUGCGGCUUCACCUGAAGGGCUACUGCCCGGCCGUCUCCAGCCAGGCUGCCUUGGAGGAGGUGCAACGCGCCAACGAGGAAAUCGAGCGAUUCGACGUCAGCGAGCACGCCGAGCAGCUGGAGCAGCUGCAGGGAGGCGCAGAGGUGGAGGCAAUGUUGGAGAAGCAGGUCUUGGGGAUGCUGUGGAGGGAGGCCGACCUUAAGUCGUCCCGCUUCCAUCCCAACCACAAGGGUUGCACCACCGAGCUUAUGUCCGCGGGUUACGGCGCCUACGAGUCCCCGAACGAGACGUCUGUCAUCAAGAUGCGGCACAGUGGCCACGUCCCACAGCUUCCCGCCAACAUCACCGUCAAGCAGGAGUCGGAGGAUCACGCUUAAGUUACCUUUAAACCCGAAAGGGACGUAGAGCCGAGACUGUGAGGCUCAAGGGCGGACCGAGUUGCCAGGAGCAACGCCUGUAAAUAAAUAAUUCUCUACCUGGUUUGUCAUCAGGAGGAACACCACGGUUACACCAGGUUUUCAACCUAUCAGGGACUCGCGUACUCAGGGCUCAAGAGACAAUGUCCCAUGACUACUUAGCGGUUUCAGCGUUUGUUACACUUAGAGACAAUCAUCUACCCAGGAUUUACCUUUUUAGUGUAAUUAAUAUAAUGCUAUUAUCAUUAUUGUUGUUGUAUUAUUUGGUCUCUAUUUUUCAAAUGUCUCUGUUGUUGUUGUUGUUUUUUGGAUCAAUUAGUUGUUAUAUAACCUCCUUAAUUUAUUAUACUUUUUAUCUGUUGUCUUCAAAAAGCAAUAAGUGGAAGGGAUGGUUACACUGACGGGGUGAAAUCAACGUAAAAAGACGUAUUUUUCUGUUGAUGUUAUUUUAGUUUUUCUCUGUGGCCAUUUCUCUGUAGAUAGUCACUCUCUCCAUGCCUAUAUCUGUCCCACUUGUGACCUCUGGCCUAUAGAAACAGGGGUGUCCACUCUUCAGGGUUUUAUCUAUUUAAAAUUUAGAAAUCAAUAUAGCAGGUUUAAAAAAAGAAAAAAAAAGGGUUAAAAAAAACUUGCCAAAGUGCGGCACAUAAAUUUGUCAAUUAAGCAGGAAGAGCUUUAUUUCAACCCUGCUUGAUAGCUUCCCUAUUGUAUGUCUGUGUCCUUUUCUGAUGCCUACUUAAUUUAAUUUGAAACAAAAAAGGGCAUUUUGUUGUUUUUUUUUGUAAAUUUUUCACAACGGUUACCUCAGUGCGCAUGUGACGAUACAAGUGUGUGUGUGUGUUUGUAUGUGUGUUUGUGUGUGUGUGUUUUAAAAGGGACAGCUAAAGGUGGGAGCUUUCUAUUUAUUUGCGUUUUGCUACUUGAAGAAAAAGAAGAAACCAAACUGAAACUGGAGUGCAGCUUUUCAUGUGAUCCAAAAGGAGCUGGGCGCAGUCCGCUCAACGUGUAGCACAUAAUGUCCCUCCUUUUUGUUUUAUUUUUCUACAACACUGUCAACAAGGGAUUCACACUUGACGCUAGUAACCAAAGUUCACGUGGCUUUAAUUUUUUUGUUUCAAACACACACAAAAAAAAAAAAAAAAAAAAAAAACAGAGGAAAAGAAAAUGAAAACAAGGGAAGAAGGACUUGAGGGACGUUAACGCUGAAGAAGGGAAGAUGUACUGUGUGUGUAUGAUGAAGUGUUCACUCUUUCGCUGUGUGUCUUUCGAGUUUUGAAGAUGUUUUGCUCUUGUUUUUGUUGUUUGUUCAUAUUUCGGUUGAGAAGCAAUGGCCCCCUUCUUCGUCCCCCCCACCGGUCCGCCAUCUUGUUGAACUGGCAUACACCAAAGCACCUCGGCCUUCUUUUAUGCACUGGCCCCCUCCUCCUACUUUAUAACAUCAGUGCCGAUGCUUGUAGCAUUUUGACUGUGUACAAUAUCACUGAAACUGGUCAUAAAUGGCAUUAAGACUCGACUUAAUGUUACUAAAGCAACUGUGAUUUUCUGCAGCAGUUGUACAUCAACAACCUGAACUCUGUAACUAUCUCUCUCUCUCUCUCUCUCUCUCUCUCUCUCUCUCUCUCUCUCUCUCUCUCUCUCUAACUAAUGUUUGACCAAAGCGUCUCUUUCUCUGAUCAGAGCUUUAACUCCAGAGGAGAAUCCCCUAAAAGGACUGUCUCUGUUUACAUUCUGGUUUACAUAGUUAUUUAUGUGCAAAAAUGUCAAAAAGUGUAAAUUAUGAUAUAAAUGUUCACUGCUCUAAUCUAAA